UGCAACAAACCCUUGUUAACCUCACGUAAUAAAAUUGUCGUUACAAUCAUUCGAACUAUUGUAAAUGCAAAAUAAAAUUGUUGCCAGCGCUUGUUGAACCAAUAGUGAUUUCCGAAAGAAUCAAUUGUCAACGGUUCGUUGUAAAAUUUUCAUCUGAAAAUGUGAUAAAUGAGUUCGUGAUACAUUUUUUGAAUUAACUUUAACUGCAGGAUUUGGCAACAUUGUCGUUCUAGUUCACGUUAAGCUAAUGCAUCGUAAUUUAAACGAUUAAUGAGUAUACAACGCUGAUUUCGUGUGCGAAAUAGUACAGAAACGAUUAAAAAACAAAUUUUUCAUCAGUGUGGCUUCAGUCAGAUUUACGCUUUUAAGUAAUUUUGAUUAAAGUUUCCAUCUUCAAUACUCGAAAAUCAAGUUGUACUUAUUUUUAUUGUAAAUCGUUACUUAAUAUUUUCUAAAAUGAGUUCAAGUUCUGGACAGGAAUUCAAAUUAUCUCCUGAUCAUGUAUUCAUGGAACCAAAGAAAGGAAUUAAAAAUAAUGGUGAUAUGGAUGCCUGGCAAAAAUCAGAAGCAUAUUUUGAGUAUUUUGGUUUCAUAAUGGCCAUUAAUGAAGCAGUCAAAGGAAAGUCUCUUGAUUCAAACUAUCCUUGUUCAAAAACAGUUGACAAAAUGAUAAAUAUGCUUGACAAUUUUGAUAAAUGGAUUGAUGAGAUUCCACCAACUGAACAGCCUCAGAGAUUUGGUAACAAAUCUUUUCGAACAUGGUCUGAAAGACUCAAUGAGUCUGCUGCAGAUGAGUUGAAGAUAAUUUUACCAGAAAAUUUGUACAAAGCGAUUCCAGAGAUUGUUCAUUAUUUGUUGGAAGGAUUUGGUAAUCCUACACGGAUUGAUUAUGGAACGGGUCAUGAAAUGGCCUUUAUCAUGUUUUUAUGUGCUAUGUUCAAAAUUGGAGCAUUUGAAGUUAGUGAUAAAGCUGCUGCUGGCAUUAAAGUUUUUAGUAGAUAUUUGGAAGUAGUACGUAAACUUCAAUUAACUUACCGAAUGGAACCAGCUGGAAGUCAUGGAGUUUGGAGCUUAGAUGAUUAUCAAUUUGUUCCAUUUAUUUGGGGCAGCUCACAAUUAAUUGGUCAUCAUCGCAUAGAACCUCAAAAUUUUGUUGAUCCAGGUGUUGCAGAAGCACAUGGUAAACAGUAUAUUUUUCUAAGCUGUAUUGCAUUUAUUUCUAAGGUAAAAACUGGUCCAUUUGCAGAGCAUUCUAAUCAGUUAUGGAAUGUAAGUGCUGUAGGAUCAUGGUCAAAAGUAAAUAGUGGAUUAAUUAGAAUGUACAAAGCAGAAGUAUUGGCCAAAUUUCCUGUGAUGCAACACGUUUUGUUUGGUUCUCUGUUCUCAAUGAAUCCAGUGCCAGAUAGCAUGGCUUUUAAAGCCCCUCAUCCUCCAAAUGUUGUUAAUUCAAUACCCGGUCAUUGAAACAUUUAAUAAAUCGUUUCAUCUAUCGUGAAAAAAGGUA